GCGGCACUGAAGCUAUGGCCACCACUUACGGCAAGCUGCCGGAGUUCUGCCGGGACUCGGGAAACAUCGACGUCUACCUAGAAAGGUUCGAACUAUUUGCGAAAGCAAAUGGAAUAGACGACGGAAAGAAGCUUGAAGUCUUCCUGACCAUAAUAGGAGAGAAGGCCUACGUGACACUGCGUAGCUUACUGCUGCCGAAAACGCCCACCGAAGUAAAGUACGAAGACGCCAAGAAGGUGCUGCAACAGCACUACGCCCUGAAGCGGUCUGUGGUCACCGAGCGAUACCACUUCUACCGGCGGAACCAGGAGUCAAAUGAAACCAUCGCACAGUUUCUUGUGGAAUUGAAGAGGCUCGCAGCGACAUGUUCUUUCGGAAAUUUCCUCCAAGAAGCGCUACGGGACCGCCUAAUUGCCGGACUACGGAGCGACACCAUCCGAUGCCGUCUUCUCGCCUUGCCCGACGACGAGGUCACCUGGGAACGGGUGUGCAAGGUAUCCACCGCCAUGGAGGCUGCACAGAAGGACACCCAGGACAUGCUGUGCGACAGCGCCGGGGCCAGCAACGCUCAACUGUACUGGCAAGGAAGCCAAGGGAAGCCUAACGCAACAAGCAAGAACUACGCCGCACACAUUCACUGGUAA